UCAGCAGACCAAUUUGGAGAUCCUUUUUUUUCCCCCUGACAUAUACAAGCUGACUGCCAAACCUGAAUUGCCAGCAGGGAAAGGGACUGAACAGCUAAGCAACUGCUUUAAGUUUCAGCCUGUCUGUGGUGCAGGUUUUUCAAGUCACACACACACACCUGCCUGUCACACACACUUUCUCUCUCUCUCAUUCAUACAGACUCACACACAUCUAGGGAUAAAGGUGCCGUCUGAGGUUGCUGCCUCCGUAGGUACAUUCGUCUAGGACCUCGGCUGCUCAGAGGAGAUCUCCCUGGGCCCAGCUCUCUGUUUGCUACCAAACGUGUAUGAAGUGAAAAUGUCUGUGGAAAAGGCGAUCAGACUCAGAGAAGACCAGGUGGAGAUUCUGGAGUACAACUUCACCCGAAUCAGCAAGAACCCUGAUCGUGCUACCCUUGACCUCAUUGCUGCUGAGGCAGGGCUCUCAGUAGAAGAGGUGCUAGAAUGGUUCAAGAAGCGCCUGGGAGAGUGGAGGAGAUCGGAGGGGCUACCUUCAGAAUGUAGGUCUGUCAGAGAUUGACUAAAGCCCCCCUUGUGGAGACAGCUCUGGAAAAUGGACAGCAGCUCAGUUAUUGCUUUCUCUGUGGAAUGUCACUGUCAAAAAUACUUUUUCCUAUUAUUUAACCUGCUGCUUAUUUAAAAUGUAUAUAACUAGGGGUGGAAAAUAAGUAUAUAAAAUCAUGCAUAUUGGUUAUAAUGCAGUCUUUUAUGAAACUUACAAAGAGAAAGCUACAAACCACGCCUAUUGCAGGUACGUUGAUAACAUAAUGGAGUGGACCUGGUUAAAUAUUUCCAUUAAUUCUGGCAACAUUAAUAGGAAGGAGCCGAAGCAGACUGAUUGAAAUAUGUUUUGCUUGUCUACUAUGAGAAAUGGGUUCAGCACCAGAGCCCAGGAAAGCAAAAUCUAGAAUCAACCACAUCUAUUAACAACCUACGGGAACUUGAUAAAAAAAGAAGUUGGGGCAUGAUCCAUCUUGUGGUGUUUGUGAAGGCUUUGAUGUGUACACAAACAAGAGGACAAGUUACAACUUGCCUGAGUCCACAUUCAGCUCCUACGUACACAGAAAAAUCACACAACCUGUUGUGAAUUCAGGGCAGAUACACCAGUGCACACUGUGAAACAUCCUUCUGCAAUCUUGAGCAGUGUACAGUAUCCUGAGUCCCACUAGCACAGCCUGUUUACAGCCAGAUCAUGUAAAGACCCAACAAGUGAACCUGUGUGGUACAUAAAAAGGAUAGGAAUAAAAAUACGCCAGUGCAGCUUGCUUCUUUCUCCUUGCCUCUCCUCUACCUCACAUACUGCUGUCCAUAAUGCUUAGAAAAAUCCCUCAGUCUUGGAUAUCUGGUGGAAAGCAUUCAGCAGAGAGAGACUACCCAACUCCACUAAAAGGACUGGUUGAUGUCCAUCGUUCAUUAGGUGUCAUCAUAAUUAAAUGAAUAUAAGGGGCGUAUUCCAUGCUGUACAUGAAAAAGAGUAUGUUUCUCUGGAUAUGUUAAUUAAUCACACAUUUUACUCAGAUUUGAUGUGUGUGUUAUGUCUGAAUGAUUUCAUUGCUCUAUCUCUGAAAAAGCCAGUUCCAAGGAAAGGCCUACGUGGGAUCUAUAGAGAUAAGAACUUGUUUCUCUUUCACAGUUGCCCGAUGCAUUCAAUUCUAUGUACAGGAUCUAUCCAAACCACAACUACAUGCAGCAAACAGGGCCUUUUUUCACGUGGAGCAUGGAAGCAAGGGCAUCAGGUUCUACACUUAGAAAGCUAGUCCAAAGGAUAGGUCAGUAUAUGAAGUGAUCUUAGGAAUUAGUGCUUAAUCAUUCAAGGCAGCAAAACUAACCAGUGAAAAUAGAACCUCAAGACUUCUUUUAGUAAUUUGUUUCCCUACAUACUUACAUUACCAAGUGAUGGAUUUCAGUGGCAACACAAUGGGGAGAGAAGGGGGAAGUAAACCAAGAGGUGGGUGCUCAGAGAAGUCUUCUGUGCUGACAGCAAAUACAUUAUUCUACUUAUAAUUCUCUGAGAAGUCAACAAAGUUCAAGCAUUUGGAGGUGCACAGCAGGGAUUCUAAUGAAUAG